AAAAAUCAAGACGGAUGAGAAAGGAGAGCCAUCAGUUUACAAGAGCAGGCUGGUGGCAAAGGGGUUUCAGCAGAAAGAGAAGGAAGAUUACAAAGAAGUGUUUGCCCCAACUGCUAAGUCUCCAACGCUACGUGUUGCUGGCGGUAGCUGCUGUGCGCAAAUGGAAGGUGAAGCAGAUGGACAUCGUAACCGCUUUUCUGUACGGCAUUGUGGAAGAGGAGGUGUACAUGGUUCAACCACCUGGCUAUGAGGAUGGAACCGGUCGUGUCUGCAAACUUAACAAGGCCAUCUAUGGCUUGAAGCAGGCCCCGAGAUGCUGGUACAACAGGCUGGCCAGUGCACUGGAAGGGAUUGGAUUCCGUGCGAGUGCAUGCGACGAGAGCCUGUUCCUGAUGGGAGAGGGGGAGUCACUUGUGCUUCUGCUGGUGUACGUGGAUGACAUCCUGCUCUUCAGCAGCAGUGACAAGGAGAUCGAUGGGGUGCAGCGGAAGCUCACAGAGCAGUUCAAGUGCAAGUCACUUGGACAGGCAAGGUACUACCUGGGAAUGCAUAUUGAGCGGGAUACUGAACGUGGCUGGCUCAAACUGCAUCAGGGACAAUACAUCAACACCUUGGCUGAGAAGUACUCUCUGCAGGAAGAACGGGAAGUGGUCACACCUUUGCCUUCCGAGUUCAAACUCAUAAAGGCAGCUGAAGGAGAAGGAGUUGAGAGUGAAGACCAGAGGCAAUUCCAAUCCAUGGUCGGGAGCCUACUCUACGCUGCUGUGCAUACUCGGCCUGACAUCAGCUUUGCUGUGGGACAGCUGGCUCGAGUAGUGCAAAAUCCAACAGAAGAGCAGUGUGGUGCAGCGGAGAGAGUGGUGCGCUACCUCAAGUCAUACCCUACAGUGGGAGUACAGUAUUCAGCCUCUGCUCAACUCAGUCAAAAAGGAAUUGAAGUCGUCAAAGAGAAGGGGAGCAGCUCGGAGAAGGAAAGGUGUUCCUUUCCUGUUUUGCUGAUGCCACGUGGGCUUCUGAGCAUGAGGAUUCAUCAUCAGUUCGUGGAUACAUCUGCAUGGUGGGAGGUGGGCCUGUAAGUUGGAGGUCCAAGAAGCAGUCUGAGACGGCACUAUCUUCAGUGGAAUCUGAGUACAUGGCGAUGUUUCAUGCGGCAAAAGAAAUCAUCUGGCUAAGGAGGCUCUUGAAGGAGAUCGGCCAUGAACAGACUUGUGCGACACCUCUGUUCAGUGAUAGCAAGGGAGCAUUGCCAUGGCACGCAAUGCAGUUGUUCAUGGUUGAACAAGCACAUGAGGAUCAAGUGGCAUUGGCUGCGGAGGAGUGAAGCUUGGGACACUGGAUCCGAUCUACGUGAAACUCAGCAACAGCCAGCCGACUUCCUUACCAAGCGGCUAGCUGAGAGCCACACUGGCGCUGUGUGAGGAUGGCGGGAAUGUCCUUGAACUAGAGACGGCGAAACAAGCCGACAGUCUGAGGGGGAGUGUGUUGGUGCAUAUUCAUUUGCACGUCAUCCUGUCGUCUGUUCGCAUCAUUUCGUUUGCAUGUGUUUGUGUGCUACGUUGUUUGUAUGGUUUGUUGGGUUUGCAUGUCUUUGCAUGUUCAUCUUGUGCUUGUGCAGAUGUGCUUGGAUUGUGCAUGACAUCGAGCACAUUCAACGAGCCAAGAAUUGUUGGAAUCGGAGCACAUAUGAAGAAGUUACGAAGAAAUGUUUGAUGGAUUUGUUACAACUCAUUGGAAGUCCUUGUCAGCUGCUAGACCAAAAGUUGGAGAGCCCUAUAACGAGGAGGGACCAGCAUGUGUGGGACUUUUGUCCCCACCUUGCAGCUGCAGCAUUUGGGGUUUGGAGGCCAACCUGGCACAGUGUGAAUUUUGUCUUGCCAGGCUGGCUGAACCUGAGGAUGGGGAGUCAAAACUUUGACUCUUGUCAUGUUCUUGACCAUGGGCCUCCAGGGUCCUUCUCUUUCAUCCUUCCCUUCCUACCCCACCUUCCAACUGUGCUUCAAUGCCUUUUCUAUCAUGCCUCUGAUCUUGUAAGCUUCAAUCAUAGUGACUCUGAGGACUGUCAACUUCUCCUAGGGCAGAUUACCCCCAGCUACCCCCAGCAGUCGCCCACCCUGUGGUGUGACAAUCAGAGCGCCAUUCACUUCACCAAGGAUCCUGUGUUCCACUCUCGCACCAAGCACAUCGAACUUCGUCAUUUCUUCAUCCGAGAUCUUGUUCAGAGUGACCAGCUGACGGUACGGUACAUCGCCUCAGAUUGCAACCUCGCCGACCUCUUUACCAAGGCUCUCGGCAAGGCUGACCACCAUCGUCUUCUCCGUUCCAUGGGGCUAUGUGCUCCUUGACCGGGUUUGCAGUCUAUGGGGGUGUGUUAGAAAUAGAAUGCAAAUACCAUU